UAAAGUUGUUUGAAAAGUUAAACCUUUGAAGAUACGCGAUAAAUUAAAAACCAAUAUUGUGUUUAAUUAUUGAUAAUAGAUAACAAUCCAUGAAAUAUGGACUAUAUUUAAAGAUCUAUCAAAAACAUAGAUGUGCUAUAAAAUGGACACACAUAUUAAAGAAUAAUGGUAAACAUGUGAGAUUGUUCUCCAUGAACCAUGAAGUUUUGUCGUUCAGUCAUUUUACCCGACCAUUAUGCCUUUGGUCGAUGCGGUUAUUAAACUUCAUGGUCUAAAGAUUUUCAAUACCAAUUCUCCGUCUAUAAUACCACUCAAGUUGUUAUUUAGUUAACAUUAAGUUGGAGGUUAAAGAAUGGAAUGCAUCGGAAGCCGUCUGAUUUUCGUCAUUUUGCUCCUCUGUUCGGUAGCUGCCCACAAAACCUUAGAAUGUGACCCGACGGAUGACAUUUGUGAGUUUACGAUGGACGUUGGUUUCAAACAAACCAUGGUCGACGGCGACAACAAACUGGUUUAUCUUCAUGAAGGGAUGCUAUACAGGUACGACGUUAAUGCUUCCGACCCAUCCGCUUUGCCAACUUCUACUCACGGUAUCAUAACCGCAGAUGGCUACGCAGUACCGAGAAUGAUAAUAACCAUAAAUGGUCAAAUGCCUGGCCCCACUUUAAACGUUUACGAAGGACAAACUUUGAAAAUUCAUGUGACAAAUAACCUGUAUAGUGAUGCAAUUGCCAUUCAUUGGCAUGGAAUUCAUCAGAUUGGAACUCCUUGGAUGGAUGGAGCAGCUUACGUGACGCAAUGUCCAAUAAAUCCUGGACAAUCCUUCACUUACGAAUUCAGUGUCCCUAGUGCAGGCACAUUCUUUUACCACAAUCACAUUGGGAUGCUUCAAAUGUUGGGGCUACACGGCGCUCUUAUUGUCAGAGAAAGGACACAAAAUUCGUCUGAGGAGCACGUCGUCUUGAUAACAGAAUACAACCAUGAAUGGGAGGCAGAUCUACAGCUUCAAAAGAAUAUGUUUGGUGAUUACAAACCAUUAGAGGCGCCAUUUGGGGUACCGGCAAUUGACGGUACAUCGUUUACGAAAAUGAAAUGGCAUGCAGGGCUUAUAAACGGCAGAGGAAGAUAUUUCAAUGAAAACGGCCAACACACAGGAGCUCCGCUGACAUCAUUUAAGGUCGCAGCAGGAGAAAAAUAUCGGUUCCGAAUUAUUGGCGGAGGCAGUGCUUUUCCAUUUAGAUUCUCUAUCGACGGACAUAGUCUUAAAAUAGUGGCUAGCGACGGAUUCGACAUAGAACCGAUAAUUGCUGAGUCAAUAAUAUUACACAACGGAGAGAGAUACGAUAUUGAAAUGAUAGCGGACCAAAGUGUUGGAAACUACUGGAUAAGAGCGAAGACUCUUGAAGCCGGGGUGGACCACUCUGCUUACGCCAUUUUGCAGUAUAACGAAUCGGAUACUUCAGAUCCAUUGACAUCAAAUCGGGCGUGUACCUCGAGCGAUAGGUGUGUUGUUGUAAAUUGUCCAUUUUCAGUGUAUCCUGGUGAACCAAAUGUCGACUGUGUAACUUUUAAUGAUAUAAAAUUUCCAUCGAGUAUGCCGGCGUUUGGUGCCAACCAACUAAACAUUGAGGAAAUGUUCUUCAACUUUGGAUUCCCCGGAGGAUCUGGGUACAGAUACGGUUCCGUUAAUGGAAGAUCCAUGAUGUUGUCGCCAAUAUCUGCUCUUACUCAACCGCGUGAAUUAUCCACUUCGUGUGACAACCAUGAUUGCGGAACCGAUAAAAUAUGUGUGUGUACAUAUGCAGUUAGUAUUGGAGAUCAGAAGGCAUAUCAACUAGUGUUCACAAAUUACGGGAAUGGGGCUUCCGGUCCCCAUCCUAUACACAGUCAUGGUCACGCCUUCCAAGUCCUGAAGGUUGGGUACCACCAAUAUGACCAAAUAACUGGCAAGUAUAGUGACGGAAACGGUGAUAUUUCUUGUGAUGGUUCGUACUGCAAUGGACCAUAUUGGAACAACACCUCAUGGAAUGUUAAUACUAUACCAGGACUAGAAACACAAAAGCCACCAAUGAAGGACACGAUAAUGGUUCCCAAGGGAGGCUAUGCUAUUGUUAGAAUUACUGCCUCCAAUCCGGGUCUUUGGAUGCUCCAUUGUCACAUGGAUCCACAUACAAUGAGAGGAAUGGCUAUGCUUUUGAAUGAAUCAUUCUCUGAGGUUCCACCUGCACCUUCUGGUUUUCCUCAAUGUAGAAACUUUCCAGCACCUGAGUUUACUAAGCCAAAUGAUAUCCCAUGCAGUACACCUACGCCGCAACCUAGCACAGGCAAGAGCGCUAAACAGGAAGAAUCACCUGUAAUGCUUGACGAAGACACAAUUCCGAUCGCGACAUUUUGGGGAAUGUUCGGAGCUCUGAUAGCGGUUGCUGCAAUUGAGCUGUUCAUAAUCAUAGGAAUGUGCGCGUAUUAUAGACGAACUGCUACAAAAACAUUUAGUUAAGAUUGUUGAUA